GUGUGUGUGUGUGUUGCGUACGUGUGGGUGAGUAGUAAGGGGAGCGAGCGCUGCAUAGAGAAAGAGCACUCAACGCUCGCGCAGGCAGAGAGUGGGAAUAUAGUGCGCGGUGGCAUGGCUUCCUCUCACGGGAAAAGCGAACCCAGGUUCGCCGACUGGAUGGCAAAUUUACCGGAGAGCAUGCACAGCAUCCCGCUCACCAACCUGGCCAUUCCUGGUUCACAUGAUUCCUUCAGUUUCUACAUAGAUGAGUCCUCUCCGGUUGGUCCUGAGCAGACUGAUGCCGUCCAGAACUUUGUGUCCGUCUUCGGCACGGUGGCCAAGAAGCUGAUGCGCAAAUGGCUCGCCACUCAGACCAUGAACUUCUCCAGCCAGCUGGAGGCCGGCGUCCGCUUCUUUGACCUGCGAAUCUCCACCAAGCCCCGAGACCCAGACAACGAGCUCUUCUUCGCUCACGGUCUCUUCAGCGCCACGGUGAGAGAAGGCCUGGAGCAGAUCAGCUCCUUCCUGUCGGCCCAUGCCAGAGAGGUGGUGUUCCUGGACUUUAACCACUUCUACGGGGUUCAGAACCUGCACCAUGAGAAGCUGGUCUCAAUGCUGAGGGAUGUGUUCGGGGAGAAACUCUGCCCUGUCGUCUUCGCUCAGGAGGUGAGUCUCCAGUACCUGUGGGAGAAUGAGUACCAGGUAUUGGUGUUCUAUCAUAGUCCUAUGGCCCUGGAGGUGCCCUUCCUGUGGCCGGGUCAGAUGAUGCCGGCUCCCUGGGCCAACACCACUGACCCUGACAAGCUGAUCCAGUUCCUCCAGGCCUCUGUGGCUGACCGCAGGAGGAAGGGAACAUUCUUUGUCUCCCAAGUGGUCCUGACACCUAAGGCCAGUACUGUCAUGAAAGGAGUCGCUAGCGGACUGAGGGAGACCAUUACAGAAAGGGCUCUUCCACGUAUGAUGCUGUGGAUCCGUGCCCAGAGGCCGGGAGAGAGCGGCAUCAACAUCAUCACAGCUGACUUCGUAGAGCUGGGAGACUUCGUCAGUGCUGUCAUCACUCUUAACUACCAUAUGGAAGACGAGGAAGAAAACGCCACCUGAGACUGACCGACGGGGUGGUUUAGAGUUCAAUCCUCAGCCAUGUGAGGCUACGCUCGCUCUCUCGCCCUUUCUCUUUGGUGUUCAUUUUUAGGAAGAGAGGCGGUCCUCUGACUUUUCUAGGGCUACGAUAGUUGACAGAGAGGGAGGAAGGAGGGAGCGAGUGAGCGGGGAGGGAGGGAGAGAUGUGGGAGGUGGAGGAAG